AUGAAUAUUAAAGACAGAUAUGGGGAAGAUGGAAAUUUGAGUGAUAUGAACACUUUCAGUAUUUCAGACAAGAUUGGGUUUGCCUCAGCUGCUACCACAACCUUUCAGAUAAGUGAGCCUCGAAGCCAAAGCAAGCCAUCCUCGUGCUGUGCCUGGGUGGCCCUCAGCGUCUACCUGCCUGCGGUCGGCAGGGAAUAUUCACUGCACGGCCCUUGUUUUUCCUCAGUGUUUAAGAUGCAGAGAGAGAUACUGAAAUUUCAAGAACAAAAUGCCUCCUAUACAGAAGAGAUUCUGGAACACUCCUUUGCCAACAAACUGCUUUCAGAGAGAAACUCUAUAGAGAAACACAUGGGACAUGAAGAAAACUGGAGGAGAAGCUUAGAAGAGGAAAUCACCAUAAUUAAAAGUAGCAAUGCAAACCUGAUGAUGAUGGUAAACAACAUCACCUUGGUUGCAGGGCCUCCUGGACGAAAAGGAGAUCCUGGUCCACCAGGGCUACAGGGACGACCAGGGACAAAGGGAGAACAAGGAAUCCAAGGCCUACAUGGACUUCAGGGUGCGAAGGGGAGCAAAGGAGAUCCUGGUCCUGCCGGCCCAAAUGGUGAACGAGGAGUGAGAGGAGAAAAAGGAGAGAUGGGGCUCGCAGGUCUCCAAGGACCGAAAGGUGACACGGGCAAGAAGGGAGACCCUGGGGCCCGUGGGCCCAUGGGUCCUCAGGGACAGCAGGGAGUCCCAGGACUGCCGGGUUUCAAUGGUAACGUGGGGGAGCCUGGACAUCCUGGGCAGAAAGGAGAGGCAGGCGUAACCGGACAACGCGGACCUGUGGGAGCUCCUGGCCUCGACGGCAGACCUGGUCAGAAAGGGGAGAAGGGGGACCACGGGCUCAGUGGUAGUCCAGGAAUACCAGGCACUGCAGGACUCAGAGGUGAAAAGGGAGACAAAGGAGUCACAGGUCUUCCAGGGCAAAAGGGAACAAAGGGAGACCAGGGCCCAUCAGGAAGCCCAGGCCUAACUGGUCAAAAAGGAAGCAAGGGUGAUUCUGGCAGUCAGGGUCCAAAAGGAGAACCGGGAGUAAAAGGAGCCAAGGGAGACCGUGGAUACUCCGGUUCCCCAGGAACAAAAGGGAGCAAAGGUGAAAAGGGAGAAGGCAACUUCAAUCAUUUUAUACGAAUCGCGGGAGGGGGCAGGAGGGGCCGCGUGGAAGUCUUUCACCAAGGGUCCUGGGGAACAGUGUGUGACGAUGGCUGGAGCAUCCAAGAUGCCACUGUGGUCUGCCGAAUGCUGGGAUACAGCCGCGCGGUCUCUGCCUUCACAGCCACAGCAGGCACUGGACAAAUUUGGCUUGACGACGUGAAUUGCAGAGGGAAUGAACGUUCAAUUUUCGACUGUUCAAAGUCUGACUGGGGUGUGAACAACUGCUCCCACAACGAGGACGCUGGGUUGGAGUGCCUUUGA